AAUAUUUCAUUUCCUUUCAUAUUUAUCCCCACUUUUGUUUUCACACAAAAUAUCUGUGAAAUAACCUCUCGGAAUAAUCUUUCUUUAUAUGUAAAUAAACUAAUCGAAAUUUAUCCAUGCUAUAUGAAGAUCUUAACUAAUUUUGAUAAAUAUUAAAUAACAAUCAUAAAGAGAAAAUGAGUUCGAAUAAAAUAGAAGUAAUAAAAAAAACUAAUCUAUCUCCACAAGGAAUGCGAUGUCAAAAAUGUUUGGAAUUUGGACAUUGGAGUUAUGAAUGUAAAGGAAAACGAAAGUAUUUACACAGAUCUUCUCGUACUGUACAACUUAAAAGAGCUUUAAAAAUGCAAGAAGAAAAUGACACAAAAGAACAAAAAGUGGAAACUAAGAAAUCUCAUGGACAGAAGAGAAAAAAAAUGAGAAAAGAAUCAAGUAGUUGCAGUGAUACAAGCUCUUCUAGUGUUGAUAGUAGCAGUUCUAGUAGCAGUAGUGAAAGUAGUAGUAGCAGUUCUUCUUCGGACAGUGAGUCAGACUCGAAUGAUAGUGUUUCUAGUAGCAGUAGCAGCAGUAGCAGUAACUCUUCACACUAAAAUAUGUGAUAUAUUUAAUUAAUCAUUAUUCCUGAUAUACUAUAUGCUUAUUUUUGUAAAAUAGCACUUUUUAUUUUCCUUAAAAGAUACUACAUAUGUUUUUCUAUUUUAGUCAGUAACACAAGACAUUUACGGAAUAUCCCUAAUAUCUUUUAUAUAUUACAUAUUUUACUACAAAUUUAUCAAUUAUUUGCUAAUGAAAUGUUCUCUUUUUCUUUUUUUAAAUGUGUUAAAUGUGAAAUUAACACAUAGGAAACAAUUAAGUGUAAUAUAAAUUUGAAAUAAUAAUUCUUAUUACUUGACUUUUAAAUGUAUUUUUGUAGGAUCCUUAUGGUACCAGAGCUUUGGGUUCGGAAAAUUAAAAAAAUACAUUCUAUUUGUUAACAA